UGCUCGCUGAGCUCGGCUCAUCGCACUUGCUGCAACACGUCUUGUCAACCUCGCACUUUACGCGUGAACCAGGGAGACAGUGAUAGUGAAAGGGGUCGGAGUAGCUGGAUGUAAAGGGUACAGGAUCGAAAUUUAAAAUUGUGCAGAUCCGUGGAUUUAAGGCAAGCCAAUAAAAGUGGACGUUGAAGUGAAAUUGAUGUUGCAAUCGGGAACUCUUCCCUCAACAUGAGGGGCCGUCAAUGAUACGGGUAUUGAACAAACCUGUUGCGAAGUUCAAUGUCCUUGUUCUAAGUCUUGGGUGAGAGCACUCAGCGCAAUUACGCACGGCAUCAUUAUGGUUUUAUUUUUGGAUAGACGUGUCCCUGCUUUGUUCCUACUUUGGGGCUACUGCGUUUUUGCGGACACGGUCUUUUCGAACUUUACCCUGGACAACGAGGUCCACUCCAGUUUCAUCCACCGGCGGCUGAAGAGCCAGGAGCGUCGGGAGAUGCAGCGGGAAAUCCUCUCGAUCCUCGGGCUACCGCACCGGCCGCGACCGCAUCUCCACGGGAAGCACAACGCGGCACCGAUGUUCAUGCUGGACCUGUACAAUGCCAUGUCCACGGAGGGGAAAGAGGAUGGGUACUCCUACCCAUACAAACCCAUCUUCACCACCCAGGGGCCGCCGAUAGCCACUCUUCAGGACAACAACUUCCUAAACGACGCAGACAUGGUUAUGAGCUUUGUCAAUUUAGUGGAACACGAUACAGAGCUCCUACCCGUCCGGCGGCACCACCGAGAGUUCCGUUUCGACCUAUCACGUAUUCCUGAGGGGGAAGCGGUCACCACUGCAGAGUUCCGCAUCUAUAAGGACUUCAUCCACGAACGCUUUGACAAUGAAACCUUCCGCAUCAGUGUCUACCAGGUGCUGGAGGAACACAUUGACAGGGAGUCAGACCUGUUUCUGUUGGACUCGAGGGUCAUCUGGGCGGCUGAGGACGGCUGGCUGGUGUUUGAUUUGACAGUGACCAGUAACCAAUGGGUCUUGAACCCUGGACACAACCUGGGCCUGCAGCUGGCUCUGGAGAGCACUGACGGUGUGAGUGUGAACCCGCGGUUGGCAGGGCUGAUCGGCCGCAGUGGUCCUCAGAAUAAACAGCCCUUCAUGGUGGCCUUCUUCAAAGCCACCGAGGUGCACCUGCGCAGCAUCCGCUCAGCAACAGGGGGCACCAAACAACGCAACCCCAACCGCUCCAAAGGGGCCAACAAGGGCCAGGAGGCACUCCGAGUGGCCAACAUUGCAGAGAACAGCAGUGCUGAUCAGAAGCAGGCGUGUAAGAAACACGAGCUCUACGUCAGCUUCAGAGAUCUGGGGUGGCAGGACUGGAUCAUAGCUCCAGAGGGCUAUGCAGCAUACUACUGUGAGGGAGAGUGUGCCUUCCCUCUCAACUCCUAUAUGAACGCCACAAACCACGCCAUCGUGCAGACACUAGUCCACCUAAUAAACCCAGAUACCAUUCCUAAGCCCUGCUGUGCCCCAACCCAGCUCCAUGCCAUCUCGGUGCUCUACUUUGACGACAGCUCCAAUGUCAUCCUCAAGAAGUACCGCAAUAUGGUGGUCAGAGCCUGUGGCUGCCAUUAGACUACAGCCAACCUCUCAACACACACACACACACACUCACGCACACAUCUACAUAUUCCUCAACGCAGGUCACUUUCAUCGAGACUCUAGACUUUCUUCCCCAGAUUCACCUGAAUGGACACAUGAAUGGACUGCAUUUCCCAGAGUGCCUUGUUGAGCUCCUGGACGGGAGCUACAUGAGGACCGGCAGACAAUCAUGCUUAUUGAGUUCAACAUGGAACACACACACACACACACACAUACUUCCUGUGCUUUCUACUGUGUAUGAGACAUUUUAAACAGUGAUUGUAUAGUAAUACACAGUUAACAAUCUUUUGUUCAUUUAAAAAAAAAUUUAAAUUGUAUUUCACUCUGCUUUUCUAGAUAUUUUUGAUCAAUUACGUAUUUGUAUGUUUUCUAUGACUGAAUGGCUAUAGGAAGUGUGGAUGCUCUAUGGACUCUUCAUGGACCAUACUGUGUAAAUAGUUUUUUAAACAAAGAGAAGUGUAUUUAUUUCCUGGUCUUGGGCAUGUUAAGGGUUUUUCUCCUGUGUGUCUCUCUCUCUCUCUGUCUCUCUCUCUCUCUCGCUCUUUCUCUCUCUCUCUCUCUCUCUCUCUCUCUCUCUCUCUCUCUCUCUCUCUCUCUCUCUCUCUCUCUCUCUCUCUCUCUCUCUCUCUCUCUCUCUCGCUCUUUCUCUCUCUCUCUCUCUCUCUCUCUCUCUCUCUCUCUCUCUCUUUCUCUCUCUCUCUCUCUCUCUCUCUCUCUCUCGCUCUUUCUCUCUCUCUCUCUCUCUCUCUCUCUCUCUCUCUCUCUCUCUCUCUCUCUCUCGCUCUUUCUCUCUCUCUCUUCCUCCUCUGUUUCUCACCAUGCUAGCUCAGAGAUUUGUUUUUCCUGCACAGUCACAGUGCUGAAUCUAUCAUCAGUAUGGACCUAUCACUACAGCCUUGUCAUGGGGAAUAACUCAGCCUGUUCCUCUCCUUAUUCCAAACAUUGUCUUAAAGACAUAAAAGUUAUUUUCAGAAUGAAAAUGCAUUCAUAUACAUACUGUAGCUCUUUUUAUAAACUAGACUUUGACUUGAAUUACAAUAAAAAGCAAUAAUACAGAGAGUGUUUCAAAACAAAAAGAAGAGAAAGAUUGGGGAAUGAAAGAGAGAGAGAGAGAGAGAGAGAGAGAGAGAGAGAGAGAGAGAGAGAGAGAGAGAGAGAUUGUGUCUAGGGUGUGUGUGUGUGUGUGUACGUGUGUACCAUUACCUUGAGCACCACGAGUGUGUUGUGUGCCAGGUGGUUUUAGGAUGGUCUGUCGUUUUAUCCUCUGCUGUAAAGGCUGAUGUCUAUCUCUUCCUUAUUUAAGAGGACUAUUUAUUGAGAGCCGAGGCUGGUACUCUCUGCCAACGCAACAGUCUUUGUUUUACUGCAAAACUGGUUUAAUAAAAUCGGAGAAGCAUCA